CGAGCUUCGUGUCGUAAUAAACGAAAGAUGUGGACGAACUAAACAACAGGCGGUAGAAAAAGAGCGGACAUUUAAGAUAUUUUACUUGUUAGAAAGCCACUUCGAUAGAAUCCAAGUUACUGGAAUGAUAACUGGGUGGCAGCCCAAUGAGAUUGCUGCUGCGGCGGCAUGGUCCCAGCAGUACAGUGGACCAGCAGCAAAAUCUGAGACCACAGAAAACACUGACUCUACAACAGAAUCCAAACCUUCUGAAAACCCAGAAUGGGAACGUGCAAGACAAGAACUUGCCAAAGUUGCAGGACAAAGUCCUGUCAAAGCUUCAAAACCAGCUCAGAAUGAGAACACAUCUAGUAAUAACAAUGUGAAUGCAGUCACUCAAAUGCCAUAUACACAAUAUUAUCAACAAUAUUACCAGAAUUAUUACCAGGGGUACCCAACGCAGGGGGCUCCACCCAUGCCAUUUGCUCCAUAUACUGGUUAUGGGAAUAACUAUAUGCCGCCAUACCCCCCACCACCACAAGGUGUACCACCACCAUCACUUCCUUAUCCUGGAUACACCCCUAGUAACCAAUUAGCAGGCACAACUCGGCCGUCUGCACCAGCUACGAUACCUCAUAGCACCACCAACACAGAUAAUUCAUCAACAACAUCAUUAUCGCCCAAUAGCAACAUCAGACACCAGUUCCGGCCACCACAGCCACACCCUCAAGUCCGAGCAAACACCUUUCCACCAAGGUUUGGUGGUCCAAAACAGCAACAAAGUGGACAAAAUCUGGAGCAGAAUGGAAACCAAGCGAACAGUGAGGCUAAUUUGCAUGAAGACGGAAAUGACCAUACAGAUUAUGCUGGUCCAGAGGCUGGCCCACAUACUAGGCAGAAUUCAUAUGCCAAUGCAGUGAAGAGCGGUCAGAACAAGGGCUUCUGGAAACAGCAGAGUAAUGCUAGGCUAUGGAAUCAAGGAAACAAGGAGAAUCCAGCUCAAGCCAAAAGAUUUAAACCUUUAUCUGAACGCCCCUGGUCUCCUAAUAGAGACAACAACUCAGACCAGUCACAAGAUGAACAUCAACCCCCUGUACCUAACCACUACCACCACAAGGUCCCCACCCCUCCCCCGGCAAAACAGCCAGAGAGGCCAAAGCCCCAGCCAAGGCAAGAGGAAAGGAAUGAUGUCUCUGUGCAGGAAUGGCCUCAGAGUCUCAGGGAUUAUGUGCAGAAAGCAUUUGAGCAGUGUGUGACUGAAUCUGACAAGGAUGAAACAGAGCGCUACUUGAAGGAGCGACUUGCCAACGCAUUCAAAGACGGCACUGCAUGGAUCAUAGACUGGGAUAAGGAAGACCUUCCAAGCCUCAGAGGAAGCCCCCCUCAAAAGCCCAAAGAUGACAGAUCCUUACCCAGAUGGCACCCAUCUCGCAGACGGUCCUCGCCUACAAGCCGUAGAUCACCACCCUCAAGGCGUGGUUCCUCCUACUCACAGAAAAAGAGGGGGCGUAGCAGGAGCCACUCCCGCUCCAGGAGUCCCAGCAGAAGUUCUUCUCCUGGUAGCCCCAGGGAGGGCCUGGAAUUACGUGAGCGACUGGACGCAAGGAAGAUAUCCAGAAAGGCUGAGCUGAAAGCCAAGACUCCGAAGAAAGGCAAUAAAAACAAGAAUAAGAAGAACAGCAUGAAGGGCCAAGUACUGGGUUACGUGGAAGAAGACCCAGAAGCUCAGCACAAGAUUCAACAGAGAGCUCAGAGGUUCAAAGGCACAUUGUCAACACCCACCCGCUCAUCACCGAGUAUCCUUAGCACGAUCAAUGCCACUAUGUUCAUUGACCGUGAUAAUGAAGAAUCUGACUGGAGUAAAUUCCAUGUCAUUGGUAUCUGUCAAAGUCUUGAGAAGAAGUACUAUCGCCUUAAUACUGCACCUGAUGCAACAACAGUUCGCCCAAAAGAAGUCCUCAAAAAGUCGCUUGAGAUGGUGAAAGACCAUUGGAAAACUAAGCAGGAUUACGUAUAUGCAUGCGAACAGUUCAAGUCCAUUCGACAGGAUCUUACGGUUCAGGGAAUCAGGGACGAGUUCACCGUGGAAGUCUACGAGACCCAUGCCAGGGUAGCAUUGGAGAAGGGAGAUCGCGAGGAGUUCAACCAGUGUCAGACACAGCUUAAAGCUUUAUACGCCAGCAACGCGCCGGGCCACGUACGGGAAUUCACUGCAUACAGACUACUCUACCAUAUCAUGAUUGGUAACACGCUCGAAGUGACGACGGAGGUGCUGAAGCUAACUCCUGGAGAGAAGGCUGACCCGGCUAUCAAACAUGCGUUGCAGUUUUACUCGGCGCGAGCUUUGUCUAACUACCACAAUUUUUUCCAGCUCUAUCUCUCGUCUCCUAACAUGUCUGCUUACCUCGUCGAUCUAUUUAUCCAGAGGGAACGCACCACAGCCAUCAAAGUCCUCAUCAAAUCGUACCGCCCCACUUUGCCCGUGUCCUUCGUCCAAUCCGAACUAGGUUUCCCGGAUGAGGGAGAGUGCCGGAAGUUCCUCGAUGAGCUUGGAGCCAAGCUGACCGCUGACGGUAACAAACUCGAUUGUCGGCUGUCCCAGGAUGUCCUCGCCAGCUGAUGACCGACUAAGUAUUGAUUCAAAACCCGCAAAUAGAUGACGCCUCGUGCGAGUAUGAAAUCGUAGACGAAAAAAAAUUAUCCCACAAGCCGAUUGCAUAUUUGCACAAGUCCCCGACCAAUCCCGCUAUUCAAUGAUGUCUCGUGCAAGUAUGAAAUCGGAAACAAAAAAUAGCACGCAAGCCGGUUGCAUAUUUGUACAAGUCCCCGACUGACCUACCAGAUGCCGACAGUAUAUCGAUUUGUGAGGCGUUGAUCGAUGAAGUCUCGUGCAAGUGUGAAAUCGAGGAUUUGAUUGCAUAUUUGCACCAGCCCAAGUCUUGUUAGUCUAAUUCCAAUUUACCUCAAAUAUACUCUACAAAAAGACGAUUGCUUAAACAAAUAGACUAUCGGUGCCGCUGCCGUCACCACCCCUUCCCUCGUAAGUAUAACACGAUGGACAGCCAUACAGGGGAUGACAGGACGCCCUAUCCUCCCCCUCACAGAAUGAAGUUGUUCUCUUUCAGGGAGAAGGCAAGGUUUCCAUGUAUAGUGUCUAUAUAAAUGCCAAAUUAUUUGAUGGAGAUGGUAUUUUAUACAAUAAAUUGUCUCGGAUUUG